UCUUAGAUCGCAACUGACCAAUACGUGGAUUAAAUACUACAGAUUGUAUGGGAAGAAGAUUUUCAGCAAUUAUUUUGCAAUACUGUCGUUAAACAUUUAAUUACCUUUGUAAAUUAUUGGUAAAUAUACAGAAUGCCAGCGGUAGGCAAAAUUUUCAACUAUUUUUUCAACUGUACGAAAAUUUGUGAAUCAAGACAGAGUAGGAAACGAAAAAAAAAUGUUGAAUAUUUGGCUCUGUUAUCUACUUGGACUUUCAUUUGGGAUACUUUAGCGUAACAAUUUUUUGGAACAAUUCUAUAAAUAUUGUUUUAUGGAUAACGUAAAAUAUCUAUUCUUAUUAAAAAUAUUAAUAUGAUUUAUUUAGUAAAAUGAUUAAAAGGACCGUCAUGUUCUUUGUAACAAGGAUGGCGUCAUCUGAAUCUGUUCGCAUAGUUUUAUUAAAGCUAUAAAUUUGUUAAAAUACAGUAAACGUAUUCUACACAUAAAGUUAAAGUGGAAUAAGUUUCACUGAAUUAGUUAGUUUGCGUACUAUUGUUUGUACUACUGAUUAUUAGUUGUGAAAAAUUAGGAAAAUCGGGGCGCAGUGCGUUGUGCUUAACAGUCAAACAUUGAGGUAGUUUUGCGCUGGUCGGAAAGGUAGUAUCAAUAAACCUGUACUUUUUUCACGAAGAAAAGUCAACGAAGAAUAAAGAAAAGUCAAGUAUCAAGGCUGAUGUAUAAAUAACAUCCAUGUAGUAAAUACAACAUUAUUCGAGCAAGUUGAAAAAUUACAAGUUUUUGAAAAAACCGGAACAUACUUGUACAAAAUUUGAGGACUGUGUUUUUCACAAAAAAUCUUCACUUGAUUGGAGUUUAUACAAAAAAGUAAAUUUAAAAGACAUAAUAUAAGAAUUCUUUUUAUGAAAUGAUUGUCAUAAUAUUUCUUCGUACUAAAGUCCAACCUAAAACCUUCGAAAUGUUUGAGGUUAUGUUUUAUUGAAACAUGAAUUUCUUAUAUUAACAAUCAAAGCAAUUCACCAGAAAAACAAAAACAAACUGGAACAAUUUAUGAGUGGAUAAUGCUUGGAGGCAAUGAACGGAAUGGAGAGACAUGGGCAUGGACAUGGACAUUCACAUACACACUCACAUCGUCAUCGUCAUUCACAUGGAAAUUUACAAAGUGUAUCUCAAAAUUCAAGUCAAUCAUCAAAACAUAGCCAUACCCAUGCAUUACAUUUGCAAAAAGAUACACCUGUAAUUCAAACACCUCAAAAACCAAGAAAUUAUAAACUAUUAGUUGAUCCAUUCUUGGUAAAAGGUGCAACAAAGUUAUAUAGAUAUGAUGGCAUGGUUCCAGGAGAUCCAACUUAUCCUGAAGUUCAACCUAGAGAUCCAAGAUCACAAUUAACAAGAAUUUGGACUCGUUUAGAACAACUUGACUUACCUGUACCUAGAUUUAAAAUUGACUCUAAUUAUUGUGGUGAACCCCCUCCGCUUGAAGUGACAUUUUGUCAUUUAAAUGACAAUAUUGAUAAAACUUUUUUAUCAGACAUGGUUCAAAAAUUUGGAGCUGUAGAAGAACUCAUUGUUUAUUAUCAUCCUGUAACUAAUAAACAUCUUGGAAUUGCAAGAGUAGUGUUUGAAACUACAAAAGCUUCAAAAGCUUGUGUUGAAAAAUUAAAUAAUACAUCUGUGAUGGGUAAAGUUUUAAAAGUAUUUCUUGAUGCAUUUGGAGAAGAGUGUAAAAAAAUUUAUGAUGAAUUAACUACAGAAAAAAAGCCAGAAAAGAAAAUAGAGAAAGAAAUAAAAUCCGAAAAUGAACAAGGAAAACAAACUCCAAUUGAAAAAAUGAUUAGUGAAGAAAGAGAUGAUUUCAGAAGUAAUAAGAAAUUGAUAUCCACUGUAGAAAAAUCAAGAGAUACAUAUAUAGAAAAUUCAAGAUACAAUAAAUAUAGAGAUUAUCCUACUCCUAGUGGCAGUGCAGGAAGUGAUUUAGGCUAUGGUACUGCACCUAGUGAACUAAAUUAUUCUAGUAAUUAUUCUCAAAAUUCUACUCCAGCUACAAAUUAUGAUUUUUAUUAUAGUAAUUAUCAUCAUCAACCUCCAAAUAAUUAUUUAGCAAAUAUGCCACAAAAUGUAUCGCAAAAUCUUUCAAUGCAGCAAAAUUCAAACAUAUGGUGGGGAAAUAAUACAGGAACAGCAAAUUAUGCAUCAUCUUCUAUGUGGCCUGUUCAACAUGGGACAAAUUUAGAUAAUCCUAAUUCUAAUACAAUUCAAAUUUCUAAGACUUCUAAUGUAAAAAUACAUCAUAUACCUAAAAAAGAAAAAGAAAAUCAAAAUGUUACAAAAAAUUCAUCGCGAGAUUCACCAAUAGAAACUCGUAAAACAUUAGAUUUGGAUACUAGAAUUGCUAUGUUAUUGAAAGACAAAGCAGGGGGAAUGGCACCACCUUUUUUGCAGUUUGGUAGUGAUUCUGAAGAUGAAAAAAAAUCUGUUAAUGCAGAUAAUGAAAUGCUUUCAGAACCACCAAGUCCUUUUCUAUCUCUUGAAACAUAUAAAUCAUGUUUUGAAAAAAUUAGAGAAAGGAAUAAAGAACGAUGGAAAGUGCAUGAAAAUAGCAUUAAUCAAUUCUCUGUUGAUGAAGAUUUAGGAAGUGUUAUAAGUUCAAGUGAAGAUGAAGCAUUAUUGGGUAGUUAUAGUCCUGCACCAGAUGAAAUUGAACCAGAACCACCAAAAGAUCCACCACCUCCUCCUCCGCCUGAUGAUGAUAGAAUGUCAUUAAGUCCAUUAAGUUCAGGGGAUGAAAAAAUUGAAGAGGUUAUAGCUCAAACAGAACCCACGAGUCAGUUAUAUCCAGGAGCUGGUUAUCCUGGACAUUUAACUCAUUAUCCAGCCAGUGAUAUGUAUCAUUGGCCAAGACCAGCACAAUAUCCAUAUCCCUAUGGAACAACAUAUUUACAAAGUCAUUAUCAACCAAAUACUACAUCAUUUUCUGGAACAGUAGGAAAUCAUCAAGGAGCAAAUUAUUAUCCAUCUUUUCAAUCAAGACUUCAUGCUAUGGCAAAUCACAAUAUUACAAAAGAUAAUCCACAAGGUCCUACUAUUAAUGGCGUAUUAAACAGAGUUGUAAAUGAAUUAAAACAAAUUCUAAAAAAAGAUUUUAAUAAAAAAAUGAUUGAAAAUACGGCAUUUAAACUGUUUGAAGUAUGGUGGGAUGAAAAGAAGUCGGAGAAAAGUCGAAAUCAAGAAGGAGAAAAUACCACUGUUAAUAACAGUAAUAAAGAAGAAAGUCAAAAACCUCAAGGAUUAUCAUUACUGUUGGAACAAGGAACUCCACUUGGAUUUAAUUAUGAUGGAUUUGGUUUGGGCAUUAGAGCUAGCAUGCCAAAGAUGCCUUCUUUCAGGCGCAAAAUUAAAGCUCCAAGCCCAUUACCACAAGAUGAAGAUAGUCGUCAAUCUGAUCAUGCUGAUACAGAACUCAUAGGAAGCGAUAGUGAUCUUGACUUAGCAUCAGUGCAAAAAGUUAAAAGGCCAAUUACUUCUCUUCCUAGUGUUUCUUCAUCGUCUUCCUCAUCAUCUGCAUCGAGUGAGAGUAGUAGUGAGGAAAUGAGUUGCAGUGAAUCUUCUAAUAGUUCAAGUGAUAGUUCUGAUGAAGAAGUAUGUUCUGGAAAUUUUGAAGAUGAGCAAGACACAGACAGCCAUUUGUCAGAUCAUCAACCCUUGGCUUGCAACAGUGAAGAUCCUGAUAUUUUAACAGAACUUGCAAUUCAAAGAUCAUUAGACUGUCCAACUCCUACUGGUAGAGAGACACCAAUACCUAACAUUAAAAUAAAAGAUGUAAAUUCAAAUGAAUUUCCACAAUGUGAUGAUGAAGCUAGCCCUGUAUUAUCUCCAUUGGAGUAUGAAAGUGAUAAAGAAGAUAAUGAAAAAAUAGAUGAUAAAUCUGUGGAUAAAGAAUAUCUUGAAAACAUUCGAAUAGUCAAUGAAGAUAUAGAAACAAAGAAUGUGGAAGAUGAAGUACAAAAAAAAAUAAAAAAUACUUCAAUAGCAUCAGGUAAACAAGAAUCAUGUGAUAUACAAAAAAUGGAAAAUUCUGCAGCAGAAGCUUUAAUAACAUUAGCUGGCCAAGAUAAUAUUAUAAGACAUAGAAGUCCGGGACCUGUACAACCAAAUAUUAUUAGAGCUCUUCAAACUAUGUCUGCUAAGUAUAUUAACGAUGAACCUAUAUUAAAAGAAUCGGAAAAAAUUGAAAUGUUUAGUGAAAUACCUACUACCGAUUCGGAGGAAGAAAGCUUAGAAAUUAGAAGAUUACGGUAUCAGGCUGAAGCUGAUCUUCGACUCAAUAGCCAACAAAGUCCAAAAAAUUCACAAGCUUCACAAGUAUUUAUGGAACAUUCAUAUUCAUUGCCACCAACACAAUCAGAAAUUGCAAAAUCUGUACUUCGUACGCCUUCAGCACCAAUAAAACCUGUAAAACUUAAAUCCUCAAAAAUUGUAAAAUUAUCUAAGAACAAAGACAAAACACAUAAAGUAGAGAAACGAAAAUACAAUAAAUAUACUAAAAUGCGUGUUCAUCAAAAUCAUGAAGGAGAGAAAGAAAAUAUCGAAAAUGAAUAUGUUUAUGAGAAAUAUCCAAAAAAAGUUGAGGAACCAAUAGUUACAUACAAAGAACGUGAUCUUAUGUCGGAAAUGGCUAUUUUGUAUGAAUUUUUAACUAGAGGAAUAGACGCAGAGGAUGUGGAAUAUUUAAGACGAAGUUACGAAGCUUUAUUAGCUGAUGAUAGUCAAGGUUAUUGGUUAAAUGAUACACACUGGGUCGAUCAUCCUCCAACUGAUAUUCCAAGUCCUGCAAAACGAAGAAAAAGAGAUGAACUUAGAUUGCAUACAAGCGGAAGUGCAAGAACGGAAGGAUAUUAUAAAGUUGAUGUACGUGAAAAAGCUAAGCAUAAGCAUCAUUAUGCGCAAAGUAUACAACGAAGCAAUGACGUUGAAGAUAAUAAUGGCUCUUAUGCCUCUGGUGAUGGAACAAUGAAUGGUCCAAAGAACAAUACUAAAGCUUUAACUGGUAAAAUGCAAGCUUUAUCUCGCGAAGCUCGAAGUAAUCAACGUCGGUUAUUAACAGCUUUCGGUAUCGAUACUGAUAGCGACCUUCUUAAAUUUAAUCAGUUGAAAUUUAGAAAAAAACAAUUGAAAUUUGCUAAAUCUGGUAUACAUGAUUGGGGUUUAUUUGCUAUGGAACCAAUUGCAGCUGAUGAAAUGGUUAUCGAAUAUGUUGGUCAAAUGGUUAGACCAGUUGUUGCUGAUUUACGAGAGUCUCAAUACGAAGCUACCGGUAUCGGUAGUUCUUAUCUUUUCCGCAUUGAUUUAGAUACAAUUAUUGAUGCAACAAAGUGUGGAAAUUUAGCACGAUUUAUUAAUCAUAGCUGCAAUCCGAAUUGUUAUGCAAAAGUAAUUACAAUUGAGAGCCAGAAGAAAAUUGUAAUCUAUAGUAAACAACCAAUAGGAGUUAACGAAGAAAUUACAUAUGAUUAUAAAUUUCCAUUGGAGGAUGAUAAAAUCCCUUGCCUAUGUGGAGCUCCUCAAUGUCGGGGUACUCUCAAUUAAAUCGUUUAUAAAACUAUAUUGUUCACCCCUUUUCCUAUCUUCUACAUUUCAUCAUACCCUACUCAUAUUUUUGUAAAUAUUUCCCCAUGUAAACAUUUUAUAAAAUGCAAUGGAAAAAUGCUAAAUUAAGUUAA